AUGGCUGAUGGGAUUACCAGAUUUGGCGACUCAGAUUCUGACUGUGGGUGUUGCAGAAAUCCUGUAUCAGAAAACAUUGAACAUAUUUUCAAUUCAGGGGACUUGGCUAGCUUUAUUUGGAACUAUUUCGGCAAUAUUUUUGGUUUGAGAUGCCAACAUAUGUCCCUAAGAGCUAAUUUGAGCCAGUGGUGGGUUAUCAGACCAAAUAAUAUUAUUGUAGCCACCAUUAUGAAGAUGGCUCCUAUCGUCAUUAUUUGGGUUCUGUGGAAGGCUAGAUGCGGUUUCAGGUAUGGUAACAAAAAAUCGUUUUUUCCCAAACUUAUUUUUAGUAUCACUAAAACCUUAACAAUUCUUACUAACCAGUACUUUCCUAACCUCAAAGCUAAUCUGAUCUGGGAUGAUAUUAUGUCCUUAACCGAUAAGAGGGUUGUUUGUAAAAAGUCUAAAGUGGUUCUUUGGAACAAACCUCCCAUCAACUAUUAUAAACUAAAUAGUAAUGAGAGUUUUAAAGAAGGCAAAGGUGGUGGUGGUGGAAUUGUGAGAGAUUGGAAUGGGAAACUUAUUAUGGCUUUCUCCAUACCUCUUGGAUCUUGUUCAAGCAACUUAGCUAUAGCUAAAGCUUUGCUCUUUGGUUUACAAUGGUGUAUGGAAAACAAUAUGGAACAAUUAGUUUUAGAGUCUGAUUCUUUACUCCUCACAAUUGGAGUUCAAAACCAGGGACAUGUUCCUUGGCAAAUAGAGGAUACUGUGGCCAAAAUUAGACAGUUAAUGAUUGAAAAGGACUGCUCCAUUGGUCACUGCUUUAGGAAGGUCAAUAUGGUAGCCGACAAGCUUGCCAAUUUCUGCCAUCGACUGCAACAGCAAAGGAUAUUUGUUUACUUUGAAGAUACACCAAAACAAGUCAGCGGGCUCAUCAUUUUGGAUAAGUUGCAAGUUCAUAAUCUCAGGAUUCGGAACAAGAAGAACUCUGAAGUUAUUUUUAAUGAUAUCAUAUAG